CAGGCGGAGUAAAAAAGUUUCCGGAAGUUUUCAGAAUGCGUUUUUUCUCCCCAAGCUAAACCGAAGUUUGCAAACAACUGCGCCCGGAAGACGACAGCGACAGACAGCCUGUUCAUUCAAGAGGCCAUUGUCUUGUAUCGGUGACGGUCCUGGCCGUUGCUCUGCCGCGUUUGUGUCCGAAACAUAGGAAUCGAUCUCGCUGUUUUGAACUCGUUUGCAGUGUUGUUGCAGCAGAAUGACUGGGGUUAAGAGCCUGGUGACCCUGGUGACCCUGGUGAGCCUGCUGGGGGUAGCAGUGAACGGUCAGCUGCCAGUUUUUUCUGUAGACAUCACUGUGUCCAGCACGUACAAGAGCAACCAGAUCCUCCCGUGCAGCUUUCCAAGUGGAGAUGACCUGCUGGUCCACUGGUACAAAGAGAGGAAAGAUCUUGCUGUCCAUUCCUACUACCAUGGUCAGGACCAGUUGGACCAUCAAAUGGAUCAGUUCAGGGGAAGAACGUCCCUGUUCCAUGAGCAGCUGUCCAGAGGCAACGCUUCCCUGCUGCUGAAGGAGGUCCAGGUGUCUGACCGUGGACGCUACACAUGCUACACCAGCAAAUCCAGGGGGCGACAGGAGUCAUCUGUCAACCUGGAAGUGGAAGCUCCAGUUACAAAGGUCUCCAUCGUUCAGGAAGGAGAUAACAUCACCUGCAGCUCAGAGGGAAUCUACCCUGAGCCUCAGGUCACAUGGUCCAGGAACAAGACUGCUGACACCAGGAUAGAGAAGACGGAGCAGCUGCUCUACAACAUCAGGAGUUCAGUGAGGGUUGAUGAUGAAGGUGACUACACCUGCCACGUCAGGAGCAACAGGAGCAGCAGGAGCGCCACACUGACCACUGCAAGAAUCACCAAUACAUUGGAGUUCGAAAUUACGUUAGAUAGUCCUGCUCUGAAGUCUCCUCUGACGUCAGUCACCUGGAGGUUCAAUGGCAGCAUCAUAGUCCAGAGAGAGGUCUAUGUCAUCGUCACAGAGGGGUGGAGAGACCAUGCGAACAUUCUGCACCCCUCCGGCAGCCUGACCCUUCAGAACCUGUCUCCUGAUCUCAGUGGGAUUUACACGUGUGAAGUCACCAACGAGGAGGAAACACACGUGAAGAUCACUCAUGUAAAGAUAGCAGGAAGACUUGAAAAAACGCUUCUGUUCUUGUUCAUCUUUAGUAUGAGUAUGCUUGCUUUAUUUCUGCUGCGCUUCUGCCUGAUAAGUCUCCUUCAAGAUAGAGAUGAUGAAACCAAGGAUCAACUCCAGGUUCUACCGGCUAAACGAAGAAAGAGGCGAAGACGGCCACGGAGGAAGAAAGCUACCGCUGGUGGGAGUCACGUGCCGCAGUCAGAUCAAGUCAGCAAGGACUUAAAGGAGACUGGUUUUUAGUGUGGAAGCACUUUCCUUUUCUGAAGCUCAGUCACUCGUGAACAGAACCGCUGCAGGACAGCGCCCCACAUUUUCUAGAUGGAAACGCAGUCACUACUUUGAGAUUGUUCCGAUAAAGAGGACAGUAUUAAUCUACUGCGUCCACAAAAGUGACAGGUCCAUUUAUACAGAUAAAAUGUAUGACCAAACCGGAGUUAUAUUCCAGUUUUCGGAUCUUCUUUUGAUAUUCAUUCGAAUUUAAGUGUGCGACACAAGAAUGCUGCGCCUUAGUUGUACAGUUUUCUUAUUUCUGCUUCUAAUUUUCUGCCUUGUUUUGAAGACAUUUUUUCAAAGGCGGAAAGUAUUUGUUUUAUACAGCUUUCUAAGGUUUUCAAGUCACUUAACAAGCGGCUGCUGUGGCUGUGGCUCUGGAAGAAGCGCAGAAUGUUCAGUGAGCAAUAGCUACAGACCCCUGCUCCUUCACUUCAUGUUCCACCGCCAUGUUUUUUCCUCACCGGCGCCUCUCUUUGAUGUGUCAGACAGAUUCUGAUGAGUCAUCGCCGUUUUGAGUCUCACAAUGUAUGUGUUGUAAACUCUUUAUCAACAAGUUUAGAAAGAGUUUUCCGGGAGUGCUGAUCUCACAGGGAGCAUAUAACCAGCCAGCGCUCACAGCGUAACUUGUUAAGUACGUGGACAGUUUUACUCUGGACCAUAGAGGAGGAGAUAGAGGUAUGUUAUGAUUCCUGGCAUCAAAACUGGCAGUUCCAACAUCUCAACAUCUUCAUCUACCAAUGUACUGGCUCUCUCUCUCUCUGACUUUCUCUGACUUGGUCUCCUAAACACCUGAGCACAUGUGCUGUCCCUCUGAUCCUAUCAUCAUCCUGCUCACUCCCAGAGAGAAGCUCAGCAUCUUCAUCUCUGCUACCUCCAGCUCUGCCUCCUGUCUUCUCCUCAGUGCCACCGUUUCCAAACCACACAACAUUGCUGGCCUCACCACCCUUUUGGACACUUUCCCUUUCAUCCUUGCCGACACCCUUUUGUCACACAUCACACCACUUUUCACACUUUUCUCCAAGGAUUCCAUCCUGCCUGCACCCGCUUCUUCACCUCUUUCUCACACCCUCCAUUGCCCUGGAAAGUUGAGCCUCAGUACUUAAAACACAUUAAUGUUUAAGAUAAAAAGCUCUUUGAUCAUUGUUUGGACCCGCCCACAUUUAAACAAAUUGCAUACAAACAAUGUUGCUCCACAGUCGGCUCAUCAUGAAAUGCUGACUCCACUGUUACCACCUCACCAAAUGUAUCUCAUACCAGAUCGGUCGAGGCCCGGGUCAACAGGGACCGUCAUCAGUGCUGUUAGCCAGCAGGGUGCUGAUGGAAAUGUAGGUCGAAGACAGAGAAGGAAAGCGGGGGAGAAAACCAUGUCAGAGAGGCUGGAUGGAGAUGGUUUGGACAUGUACAGAGGAGAGAGAGAGAGCCAGUACAUUGGUAGAUGAAGAUGUUGAGAUGUUGGAACUCCCAGGCAGAAGGUGGAGAGGAAGGCCACAGAGGAGAGUGAUGGAGGUGGUGAAGGAGGACAUGAGGUUUGGAGGUUUGAGAGAAGAGGAAGCAGAGGACAGGGUGAGAUGGAGGAAGAUGAUCUGCUGUGGCCACCUCUGAAGGGAGAGGCACACAGAGAAAAAAGUAGAAAUGUGUUUGCACUUUGAGCCACACUGCUCGUGAUGUGGCACCAGACCAGCAGGAGAACUGACUGGACAGCGCACCCUACAGGACGCAGGAGGAACCACAAUCAUGGUGACACACUGUUAAUAUUCUCUGUGGUCCACUCACCUCCAGGUCUACAAGAGCACACGCAGACAGGGAGAGCAGUGAUUUGUAAACAGAUCACACACAUCGACUCCUAAAAUCGUAAUUCAUCAUAAUGGGUGAUAUUUGUGGCAGAAAAAGUGAAACAAUGUUCUGACAAUCAAUGUCAAUGUUUUGUGUUGUCUUUUUCAUACGGUAUGUCAACAGGAAAUAUUGAGUCUUAAGUCAAGAAGCUGAGUUUGCGCUUCACAAUGGACCCUCAGUUUGAGGUUUGUUUUUGUGCUCAAUAAAAACUAA